AUGAGGGGGUCGAUCAGUCUUGCCAUUCUGGUCGUUGUCGUAGGGAGCUUCAUGGGAGGGGGUGUGUCAUCCAGUCCCAGGUUCACCCCACUUCAGCGCAGACGAAGUCACCAUGGCACGCCACAGGUGAGCAAGGAUCAGGCUCAACGUGUUGCUGGAGGUGGAGCUGUGAAUGAUAAAAGGAACAUGCUGUCUGGGAAGGAGCUUUGGACUAUCGGUUGCGAUGGAGUUCUUGGCUCAAACCGCAAAAUGGACAAGUGUGGAGUGUGUGGCGGCACUAACACACAGUGUGAAGUCAUGUCGGGCGUCUUCACCAGCAACAUGGAGCACGGUUAUCACAAGGUUAUGGUCAUACCAACAGGGGCCAUGUAUAUCAACAUCACAGAAAUUACAAAGAGCAGAAAUUAUUUGGCCCUGGAGGGAACCAAUGGAAAUAAAUACAUCAACAUGGAUUGGAGGAUUGAUGUGCCUGGUAACUAUUCAAUCGCUGGGACGUACUUCAUUUACAAACGAUCCCCUGGUAGGACGGGUAUCGGAGAGCAGUUCUUUGCUGAUGGACCAACAACCGAAGAUCUUAGUUUCAUUGUCAUAAAUCAACAGAAGAAUCCAGGCAUCGCAUACGAGUACUCCCUACCAAGAUCCACCCCCAUUGAGGAAGAGGAAGAGAUUGAGCAACUCCCAGUAGUCACCACCCCGCCACCCCGCCGCAUCCCACCCCGGGUACCCCAACGCCCAGUCAUCCCUGAUGUUGAAGACCGCCAGGAUAGACAGGAUCCUAAACCACCAAAGACUCAGGUGAAUGGAGGCGUAUCGCUGAGUACAGUCCUCGGUGCCGGUCAAGCACCAGUCUUUCCAGGCAUGGGGAAAGCACCAGUUUUUCCUGGUACAGUUCAAGCACAGAAACCUGCAGAACUGGAUGAAGAUUCUGGUGUACCCGGGCAACCAGACAGGGGUCAAGCUCAGCCAGAUAGUGGUCAAGCUCAGCCAGACAGGGGUCAAGCUCAACCAGACAGGGGUCAAGCUCAGCCAGACAGGGGUCAAGCUCAGCCAGACAGGGGUCAAGCUCAGCCAGACAGGGGUCAAGCUCAGCCAGAGAGGGGUCAAGCCGGCCAACCAGAUAGAAGUGGUCAACCGACAAACAGUCAACCUGACAAAGGUCAAAGUAGCCGGCAACCUAUCAGGGGUACAAUCACUCAAGGUCGCGUUCAACCAGUCAGUGUACAGCCAAGCAGGAGUCCUGGUCAACCAGUAAGUGGUCAGCAACAGAGCGGCGGUCAAGUAGACAAAGACACUAGAGGCACUGAAGGGGGCGGCCAGCAGGUUGACAGUCAGGUUGAGCCACAAGCAGAUAGCGGAGGGCCAUCGUUGCCGUUCAAUCCAUUCAGAGGAGUUGAAACCCAAGCAAGAGAGUACCCAGACUCAACCUAUAGAAAGGGAUCGACUGGAAGGGAUUCCACAGGGGCUGGUACCCCCACCCAGGGGCAGACUUACCCCACCCAAGGACAAACUUACCAAAGCCAGGGACAGACGUACGCAACGCAGGGGCAGACUUACCCUGGCCAGGGGAGAGAUUCCUUGUAUCCACCACAAGGUGAUGGAGUUAACCCAGAAAGGGGCACAGGAGGACAGACUGAUGGUAGAGGAUAUGGAAAACCCGUUGCUAAACCAGAUAAUCCCUAUCAAGGUGGUAGAUAUAGAUACACACCUGGUCAGGACUCCACUCCAAUUACAAAUCCCUACACUAGACCGACUUAUCCUAACAGGAAUCCUAACCCAAACCCAUACCCCAAUCAAAAUCCUAACCCAAACCCUAACCCCUAUCCCAACCCAAACCCUAACCCAAACCCAAACCCAUACCCCAAUCGCAACCCAUACCCGAACCAGAACCCCAACCCUAACCCGAGUGGAAACCAGAGGCAGUACCCAGGAACCAAUCCAGGAUCCUACGGCAAUCCCAACCCUUAUCCUAAUCCUAAUCCCAAUCCCAACCCAUAUCCCAAUCAGUAUCCCAACCGCUACCCGAAUAACCAGGACUCUCAAGGUGGACAGCCGCCCAACUCCCGAUCGGAGCAGCCCUACCUACAGAUAGACCCCAUUGAGUCUCGGCGAGGUAGCAGUAGUGAUGGCUCCAGUGAUUACUCAGCCUUGGAGAGUGGGCGUUAUGGGGGUAGAGAUGCACCCCAGGUCAUGUACGGAUGGGUGGAUGCUGGACUGACGGACUGCUCAGCAAGCUGUGCUGGAGGUAUCCAACACACCAGAGUGGAUUGUAUUCACUGGUUGACAUUCAAACCAGAAGAUCCUAGUAAGUGUGAUGGAACAAGACGGCCAGCAACCCGCCAGAUACCAUGCAACAUUGAGCCCUGCCCACCGGUAUGGGAGGUCACCGAAUGGAUGGAGUGCAGCCGGACAUGCGGUGCUGGCCGUCAGAUGAGGCAAGUCUCCUGCAAGCAGACGUUGACCCAAUCUCUGAUCAACAUGGUACCCCCAGACCGCUGUAACCCACGACUGGAGCCGGCCAGGGUGCAAGAGUGUCAACUAAAGGCCUGUACAGCGUGGAAGACAGGAGAGUGGGAAGAGUGUGAUGUGCCUUGCAACGAGGGUAGGCGUCAUCGAGACGUGACGUGCAUCAACGAUGAACAAACAGAGCUUGAGGAGAGUGAAUGUGCUGGGAAGACCAAACCGGCCAAUCAGGAGAUUUGCGAUAUGGGACCCUGCAUCAGCAACUGGUUCGUCUCUGAGUGGAACGAUCUGUGUUCCUCAGAAUGUGGCGGUGGUCACAAGAGUCGUUAUGUCGUCUGCUCAACAGAAGGUACUACUGAAGUCUUACAUGACGACGCCUGCAACACUAUCACUAAACCAAGAACUUCAAGGACAUGUAAUAACAUGCCUUGCGGUGCGGUGUGGCUGACAUCAGAAUGGAACCAGUGUUCCGUAGAGUGUGGAGACGGCAGCCAGACUCGUAUGGUGCUCUGUGCCGGUGCUGAUGAGCCUCAUAUUGUCGUCAAUGAAGAGCAGUGUGCCAUGAAGCCCAAGCCGACCGAAACACAACCCUGUAAACUCAAGGAAUGUGUCUCUAUGUGGUUCAAUUCCGAUUGGACUCAGUGCUCAAGAACAUGCGGAGGAGGGCAGAGGAAACGAGAUGUCAAGUGUCUGGACACCAACAUGAGUCCGAGUACCGGUUGCGAUGAGUCGUUGAGACCGUCUGCCACACAAUCAUGUAAUAUACAACAAUGCACCACUAAUAUACCAGGGAGCGACUGUCGAGACAAGUUCCCGUACUGCGAGAAAGUUGCCAAAGCACGUCUCUGUACCUACAUGUACUACAGGAGCAACUGCUGUUACUCAUGUUUCAGUCACUCCAGAUGAUACAAAAACUCCUCCCAUCAGUACCAGUCGAUGUCCGAAACCGUCAAAUAAACAUUUAGGGUUUUCUUCGUCUUCUUCUUCUUCUUCUUUCUUCAGGGAGUAAAUUUUUUUGACACUUUAAUUUUGUCUCGUUGAUUAAAAAAGAGAGACAAAAGUUAUUGCAGAUUGCUAUGAUUACAAGCCAAACAUUGUAAGCGGAGUUUGGUACUGUUGAUCAAAUCUAGAAUUUGUUUGAUUGGUAUUUACUUAGAUUUUGGGCGGGAGGGGUGGUCAUACAGUUGGAAAGUCGUAGGUUCUCAUUUAAAAAAAGUUAAAAGUUCAGGAAAGUUACAACUUUGGUUUUUGAAAUAAAUCAUGCUGCGUUGAAUCCAGGCUUCAGUAAACGAUAAAAAAAAAAAAAUCGAUAUUGUUUAUCUCAAAAUAUAUAACCUAUAGACGAUGUGACCUAUGUUUACAUUCAAACCGCCCUGUAUUGACAAAACACUGUACACGUCAUGUUUCGCCGGACAAAAAGGCACGUAGUCACGGUAAGAUUGCGUGUACUUUCUAGCUUGCUGCCAAAACACAAAGGAUUUGCCCGGCGGUAUGCGCGCGAAUAAUGUUAUGGUUUUCGAGUGACGUCAGAGGUCACAUCAUCUAUACUAGACAUUUAAAUCUGGUUAUUUAUCACACCAUGGCUAAUCUCUCUCAAAUCUAAUGCUCAUUAUCAACAAAAUGUAUACAUACCGACUAUUGUGAGGCAAAUAUUGUUUUCCUGUUUCUAAGAAGUAGUCGUUUAAAUGCUAUGUGAUCUUUACUAAAUCAAACCUUGCUUAGUGUGGUACUUCAGAUUUAAGUCUGGAAAGAUCUUAAUCCAUCAAGCCUUUUCUCCCUUUUGAGGGAGUGUUGGCUCAGAAAAGAACCGGUUUGGCUUCCAGGGGACCAAACCGGUUCUUUUCGGAGCCAACACGCUCUUAAAAGAGAAUGAUUACAUUGUUGUACCCCCCAAGUUUACUAUUAUUAAUACUUUACACCAUACAAAGCUUCAAACAUCUCUUAAGCUUUUUCAAAUGAUUACACAGUGUUUCAAAUUGUCCUAAUCUUGCAUAAUCACUAUUCAGUAAAGUAGGAGACACUUUGUGACUAACAGGAUGCAUCAAUAUCCACCCAUGACCUUCUUAUUGCCAUAAAAUGAAAAUCAAGUUGCGAGACAUUUUUAGCUGAAAUGGCCUUCUUUCCGAGUCGAAUGUUCAUGACAUGAAUGAUGGAUACGGGACUCUGUCAGGCCAGUGUUAAAUCAAACUAGAAUCUUUGACCUUUAUCACAGGGCAGCUAUCUUGAAUUUCUCAUAUUGAUAUCAAUUUAUUACCAAACCAAGACUGGACGAACAAAAUAGUCUGGUUCCUAUUUGCAAAGUCAAAUUUACAAUGUAGCAUUCAUUAUUGUUAUUCGAUACGAGGAACAUGACCAAGAUGGAGACAGCAUGACAAAGGUUUAUUAGAGACUAUUUUGAAGCUGUUCUCGUGCUUCUUUAGCUAUAAGUCAAGGUCAACUGUUGUUCUAUAUCUUCAUGGAAAGUCGCUGUUCCAAGCCAAGUUUGCGCACUAACUAUCGUUGACCAAAGUUCAACUACGUUAGCCCAAACGCUUUCUAGUUGAUGAUAGUUGGACUUCUCUAAAAAUGGUCGACCGUCAAAAUAAAAUUCACCUUGGCUGAAGUUGCAACUUUAUUUCCUUCUUAUGGGAGUUGGUUACAAUUGUCCACAACCAUCUACAUUUCAUUGUUGAAUGUUGCUUUCAGUUUAGAGUUUAAUCUACACUUCAGUUUAAAGUAUUUAAUCAUUUGAUGUGUUCAGUUACCACAGAAAUAAGUUGUGUCAAACUUAGCACUAGUGCAGUAGAAGUGGGUCCAGUUAAUUUGUGUUAUUUCUUGACCAAUUACAAGGGUUUUUGGUUUGUGUUGAAUGGGCUUUUGUAUAUACUGUUUGCCCCUACUGUGAUUGCCUCUGAUUGUCUGGGCGAUGAAUGUUUAGGACCAUAAUAGCUUCAUUAACGUAUAUUUAUGAAUGUAAUCUGCAUUUAUUUAUUGAUGUGCAUUGUUUAUUGUUGUUGUUUUUGUUAUGGUUUUUGUUGGGGGGGGAGGGUUUAGGGAAUCUUUUAAAUUAAGGUUAUUAAAGGGGUUGGAGUGUUCGAUCGGAGCAUGGUUCAGGAAAGCUCAGAGUUGAUAGAACACAGUAUGUGAAACGUUGUAAUGACAAUGUUGACUGCAACUCCAACAAAACAAACUUUGUUUGAACAAAUAUAAAAAGGGGAGGGAUGUCGGACUUUCUUACAGAUGCGAGAGGUAUGGAAGACCAUUGGGUAAAGUUACUUGGUUGCCAUGGCAUUUACAGACUCUUGUAUUGGAAGAGUGAAGGAUGAUUUAGAUGCAUUUUUAAAAUGAACAUAAAUGGAUUGAUUUGUUUUGUUUGUAAAAACUGUAGAUAUAUUACUGUAUAUGUAUUACUAAGUUUUUUUGUUAUGAUGAACAAACUAAAAAUGUUACAAAUGGUUAUCAUAAACUACAACUCAGUGUAGUCUAUUUGA